GCCAGUUCGCACUUUCGGUUGUCUCAAUCGACGUCGUCUGUGAUCAGCGAGGCUUGCUAGGGCGCCACUUUCGAGCAGUUCUGUACAUCCAAUCAACACUCUGAGCCAUGUCCAACGCCGCCACGGCGGCUAUGCCGCCCGCGCCGACGCUGCCGGACUGGGUGCGGCCAGCCAUCGAGAAGUUCAAACGCCUGGAGCUAGAGUACAUGGCGUCACUGCCGCUGCCCCUCAAGACGCUCCUAGGCGAUGGCGACCCCGCCAGUUUCGAUUCCGACAAGCACCAUAUGCGCCUGUACGGCAGCCUGGCGUUCGUACUGCUGGGCGUGAAGCCAUGCGCGCUGCUGGCGCACGGCGUGUCGUUGCCGUACACCCAGGGGCUGGUGGAGGCGGCGCUGCUGCCGGUGGCGCGGGACUUUGACCUGCAAGGGCACGGGUUCCUGGUGGAGAAGAUACAGCACCGUCUGCUCACGGACAACCCAGUGCAUCCCGGCUUCCAGGGCGCCUGGGUGGUGGCCAACACGCGGCAUUCUGGCUACGACCUCGCCAGGCGCACCUUCCUGACACCCGCACCGGGUGACGCCUGGGCCACCGGAGCCCCGGCGCCGCCCUACAACCCGCGCAAGCCCAAGCCCGCCCCCGCCGCCUUCCGUGCCGCCGCCACCAUUGUCACCGAAGCCCAGAUUGGCGCCGCUCUAGGCUACCCGCUCCCCGGCGGCGACGCGACUGUGCGCUACAUCGACAACACCGAGUCCAAGGAGCUCAAUACCUGCUGCGUGCCGGUGUUCGAGGCGUUCUGCCCAGGCGGGAUGGGUGACAUCAUGCCAGUGCUGCAGCAUUUUACCUGCUACGAGCGGGCGUGGGCGGCACUGGGGCGCGACCUGACGCUGGACUCGGAGGGGCACCCCGUGCUGAAGAUGGGCAUGCAGGUGAUGCAGGCGGAGCUGAGAGGGCAGGGAGGCGGAGGCGCUGGUGGAGAGCGGGGCGCGCCAUCGCGGAGGGGCACGGCGCGAGGCGGCAGGCGCUGACGCGUGAGCGGCCGUGAGAGGGAAGUGUUGGGGUUGUGAGAGCGGGCGGGCUGCGUUUGAGAGAGGAUGGCUUUGCCUGCACCUCCCAGCUGGCGGCCAAAACAGAUCGCUGGUGCAGGAAGGGCGGAUGAUUUCAGCGGCGGUGAAUAAGGCGUUGUUGGUGAGGGCGCCAGCAUCCGCGGCCGAGGGAACGCGGACUUGGACGUUGCAGUGCAAGCGGGCGCUGCAGGCGCAAGGCGGCGAGAAUAGAUGCAAUGGGUCGCGAGUGUGGCAUAAGGACGCUGUUGCACACGUGUUUAGUUGCAGCAGUUCAAUUGAAGGCUUUCCCGUUGAGUGUGGACAUACAGGAAGCUAUAUCCGCGUGAUGCAACGAGUAUAUCGACAGUCCCUACGAAGAUAGGUGCUGUGGCAGAAGGGUGCGAUGGGACAUGGCGAGGGGCAGGUUGGAAGGGUAGCUGUAGCAGAGAGCAUUGCGAUCGGCACCCGCCUGGCACGAGGAACGGGUUGUAUGAGGGAUUGAGGGCGGUCUUGAUAUUUCCUUGAGAGAAUUGUAUGCCAAGGUGGCCCCUUUGUCGAGCCCAGGUCAGAGCAAGACCCAGACAGCUAGGUGUGGUGGGGCAGGGGUGCCCGGGUUGCGGCAACCUGGCAUGUCAGGCUGGUAGGUGGUACGGCGGGUUGAUGCCGGGUUCAGGUACGGUAAGGGCACUAUAGAGGACACGGCAGCAUUGCUAAAUGUAUAGAGCGUGUUGGUGUUGGCCGUGCAGCGGUGUGGGGCAAAGUUGCAGGCUGUCGACGACUUCACUGUGUCGGCGCGUGCGGGUGCGUGCGAUCGGGCGCUCAUCCGAGAGAAAGGCGCUGAAU